AUGGCUGCAACCUUUGAUGGCUCAAUUACGCCUCCGCCCCCUACGGGCAUCCGAACUCCCCCAACUCCCCGUCUCGGCUACCACGACAACUGGGAGCCCUUCACCCCUCGCAAGUCCGCACGCAUUUCUCAACGCACUCGCACUCCUUCCCCGAACUCUUCGCAUCGCCAACAGCCCCGAUCGCCGCGCACCGUGAAGAAGUCCAGUAAACAGACCAACCCAUCCAUCUCUCCCAUGGCUUCUCCUCAGAAGAAGCGCCAACCGGCUCUCGAUUCCGUCCGUCGCGCUUCAAGCUUCAUGGCUUCCCAGGGUAUCCAGGCCGCUACUGCUCUCGGACUCGACGCUCCUGCUCAACGCCCAGCCAACUUAAGCGUCACCCGCGCCGCCGGAAUGCUCCCUACCCCAUCCAAGACACCUCAGAAGCCACCAAACGAGAAGACGGCCGCGAACAUCAUGUCCAUCGCCCGAAACCUCUUCCCUUCUGAAACCGAAGAAGCCAUGCCCAGCCCGAAGAAGAGACGUACCAAGAAGUACACUGGGAUAUCGAUGAACAGCUUCAAGGUUGAGGAGGUCGAGGAACCUAUUGAAAUCUUCACUGAUUCGCAAGACCGCAUCCCCACCAAGGACGAGAGCGAUGCCAACCCUUUCUACGGAGAUGACGCUGCACCUGCCGAGCCCACUAAGCGCCGAAGCAAGCGCAAGCAGGUCAACAUUCCCGGUGAGGGAGCCUACUCUAUCGAUGAGGCUUCUCGUCGCGAAGAUGGAAUGGUAUACGUCUUCCGUGGCAAGAAAUUCUUCCGCAAGUUCUCUGAUAACGACGACGAGGAUAUGGAUGAGUUGCUAGACGAUGAGAAUGAAGAUGAGGUCCGUCUAGCUCGACCUCUCACUCGCUCUUCCAUCAAGCCCCGUCUUUUGUUCCAGACUCCAAAGACGGAGGCCAUGAUUGAGGAGGAGGAGGCCGCAACCGAUGUCGAAGAUGAGCACAUCGAUCAGCCAGUUGCCGAGCCUCAGACUCCUGCCAAGCCCCAUCACCAGCGUGCAAGCACCCCUGAGGCUCCCAAGUUCGCACCUGUAUCGCCUCCAGACACCAGGCGAACAACGAGAUCUACGAAUAAGCUGGCAGAACAAUCAACUCCGAUCAAGCCCACCGACCGGAAGAGCCCCUUCGACUCGUGGCGCCGAACAAAGGAGCACAAGGCGGCAUCAACAUCCAAGCGACAAGGCGACACACUCACUCCGGCACACGCCAAGCGCGCCCGUACUUGA